UGCUCAGUAGCGCUCGGCGAUUAAAAACUUGACGGGUAGCCGCGAGCGGGGGUUCCAACUAGGCCGUUUGGGUUGUGCUCGAGUGGGUGCCGGAGCUUUUCUACACGCCAUGGGGAAAAGGGACAACCGGGUGGCUUAUAUGAAUCCCAUAGCAAUGGCUAGAUCAAGAGGUCCUGCCCCAUCUUCAGGUCCUACCAUACAAGACUACUUGAACAGGCCAAGACCAACAUGGGAAGAAGUAAAAGAGCAACUAGAAAAGAAGAAGAAAGGUUCCAAGGCCUUAGCAGAAUUUGAAGAAAGGAUGAAUGAGAACUGGAAAAAAGAAUUGGAAAAACAUAGGGAAAAACUGUUAAGUGGAAGUGAGAGUGCUUCAAGAAGGAAAGAGAAAAAGAAAAAAGAGAAGAAGAAAUCCAGUAGGUUGUCUCCAUCUUCCUCUUCCUCAUCAAGCUCUGAUUCUUCCAGCAGUUCUUCUGAUUGUGAAGAUGAGGAUAAGAAACAAGGGAAAAAGAAAAGGAAAAGAAAGCAUCGCUCAGCACGGAGAUCAUCUGAAAGCUCUAGUUCUGACUCUGAAUCAGAGAGCAAGGAUACCAAAAGCCUUAGUAGGAAAAGGAAGAAAACAGAUCAUGGUGAUGGCGCGCUAUCAUCAGAAUCUUCAUCAGAAUCUGAGCAUACAGAAGAGAUACAAGCAAAAAGGAAAAAAAGCAGUGAAGAGAAAGAGAGAAAUGACAAGACAAAAAAACGAAAGAAGCACAAGAAACAUGGCAAAAAGAAGAAAAAGAAGACAGCUAGCUCAAGCUCUCACUCAGAAUAACACCAGUCAAAACUCUUUUUCUUAUCAAAAGUGCAAUGAGAGAACAGUAACUGUGAAAAUUGUGACAGACUCUACCAACUGCAUGAGCUCUCCUGUGUGUUAACAAUGUUCUCUGCUUUCAGCUUAUCCAGUGCCGGUGGGCUGGAAAUAGCCAUUGAUGUUGCCUGAUGCUUCAUAUAUAUAUAUAUAUGUAUAUAUAUAUGAAUAUGUAGUACCCUCCACCCUCCCCUCCAAUAGCUGAUGGUAAAUGUUUUAAGAUAAGUCCUGCACAUGGGUUAGGUGAUUUGAUGGCAGUGAGAAAUCUGGUUGAUGUGGAAUGCUGUUGCCAAUUCUAAAGUUGUUACAUGUGCUCCAAUGCACAUGUAUAGCUCAGCGUUUUCCCUACAUUGUAAUGAAGGAAACUAAGUAAUAUAUGAGUGGAAUUGCACACAUGGAUCAGCUCGAUGUGUUGUAAUAAAUGGGGCAGCCCAUGAGAGACUCUCUGUAUACAUCUCAGAGGUGCUGCUAUGCUUAAAAGUGAAAGGUAAAGCCAAGGUGGGAAAGCUGCUACGUGCAAUUAGAAUUCCCAGGGUAUCUUAGCCAGCUUAGCAACCAAAUGUGUCAGCUAAGGCUUUCUGGGAAUUGUAGUCCAAAAAUAACUUUCCCCAUCUCUUAUUAAAUGUAGAGAUUUUAUUUAACAGUUGCGGAAAUUUAAAUUGCUUUUCAAAGGUGAUCAUACAACACAGUAACUCCUGUGACAUUUCACUACUACUGAUGCCAUUUUUUGAAACAAACAUACCAGUAACAUGUACAAAUGUUACAUCUGUAGAUAUAUGUAGUGUAGUUUUGUUCUUGCUUCUAUGAGUGGGAGAUGGGUUGUUUGUGCUCUCGUGGACUAGGGGGCAUAUUUUGAUUUUUGCAAAUAGCAGGAGCGUUGGCUGAUACUGUCACUGUGCUUCCAAAGGUACUUUCAGAAACCUUUUUAUUUCUGAAUAUGGGGUAAAUUCAGUGGAAAAUUUUCCUAUACAGUAAAGACCCCAUAAAGUAAAAGGGAAUUGCAUAAGAGAAUCUAUGCCAAUUAUCUUUCAGGCGUAAUGGGCUGUCAUAUUUCUUUGUUUAUGCAACGCCCCAUUCAUGUGUAGCAUUUGCAAAAAUUAUACCUUAUUUUUCCCAUCUUUCUGUUCCUGUCUGUUUAUGUGUCAGCAGGGCAGACAACAAAUGUGGCUACCCAUUCUUAAUCGAACUUGGCUGUCAGUUUAUCCCAGAUCUGUAGCAUGUGGUACUAGCAUACAUCAGCAUAGCUGACAUCCAAAAAAAUUAGGCUCUUUCUCCCAUUGAAUGAAAAUAAUACUGAGUAUCGUGCUAGUAAUAUGUUUUACCAUUAUUUAAAGUAGUAUUAAGUUGGAUUGAACUUCCCUUUUAAAACUGUGUUGUCAUUAAGGCAUUUAGAAUUAAUGUUCUGCAUGAUUUUGUACUAUUUCAAAAUUAACCAGUGGAGGACAACAGUUGUAAUCAGUGAUGUGUUUUUUUCUAUUUUCAUUUUUAAUUAUGUUCAACACACAGCAUCAUUUAAAAGUAUUAGUUUGUAUUGUAUUCAUGCUUAUGUUUAAAUGCAUACUUGCUGAAGAUAUUUAGCAUGUGAAAAGCUGAGAGGGUGAUAUCAAACAGCUUCAUAUUGAAGCUGGUUUUACUCUACACAAAUUCAAUGGCUGACCUGUUAUGCAACUAUGUCUUGGUAAAAAAAAUACUACCAGACACUUAAUAAAGAUCUGUUUUAAAGUU